AUGCAGAACUCAGAAUUGGGUGAUUACAUUGGUGCGGAGAGUUGUCUUGAAUUUGUGAGGGAUUUUAAUGCUUUUAUGCCGCCGGCGGACAAUGUUGGCAGCCGAAGACAUCGGAGAGUGGUGGAGAAAGAAAAAAAAGAGUACCCACCACCAAUUUCGGCAUGGGCUAUGAAAAAAUACAGCACUAGCGAUGGAAGAGUGGUAAUCCAAGAAGAGAAAGUGAAGGGCAAAGAAUAUUUUGAAGCUCAUAGGGCCAAUGGCCGUCUUAUAUUGAACUUGGUCACUGAAGACGACGAGCAUGCAGGAGUUGCAGUAGCAGCCAGCAGCCCAGUUCAUAUAUAG